UUUUAGCCACCUCCCGCUUGCAGUUGAGUUUGAAGAGCGGUCGCGUGAAGACGCCAAGGCGACAAGCGUUCUACAAUUAAUUUAAAAACAUUAAGUCUGCUGGUGUUAAUUGAAAUAUUAUUUAAAAUAUCAAAAUAAAAGUGAAUAUGAAAUGUUAAAAUAAAAGGAAGCCAGUUUAAAAAACAAAACAGCUUGCCACAAGGAAGUUUUUAAAGUGAUUCUAAGAGUUUUUGAAAAAUUAAACAUCAAAAUUAAUAAAUAAACAAAUAAUAUAUAAACCUAAGCUUAAAUUGCUAUUUUCAAUUCAAAAAUGAUAAAUUAAGUUCCAAAAAUAUAACUAUCAGAUUUGAUAGCAAUCAGAACUCCAUUUCAAGUGAAAAAUAAAAAUAAAUUGAAUUGAAAAACUGCUGGAAAAUGUUUGAGAAGAACAUGGACACCAACAAUCUGUCGGUCUCGAUCAAUGGGGAUCUGGACUCGACGAGUUCCGGCGGCACCUCCUCGGACCACUCGGCCGCCCAGCAGGAUAAUCUCAGUUCGCCGAUGGCCUACGGCUCCCUCUUCCUACCAAAUGCUGGAUAUCGGGGCAACUUGUCGUGCAAAACGGUGCUACAAUUGGAUAAAUUUCCCUACGAAGGUGCGGAAAAGGAUCACCUGUUGGAGCGAAGGUUCCAGGAUAUCACCAACGACUAUGACAAGUCUCCGCCACCGACCGCCUCCACCACGCCCACCCAUUAUCCCAGCCUAAAUAGCAUAAUAUUCGAGAAUGGCAACGCCGGAAAUCUGGGGGAUCUUAAUGGGAAUACAAAGACGGACUCCAUGUGCGGUGGCUUGCAGAGGAACGGAAGUGGUUUGGGCGGGACAUCCAGUACUGGGGGACACCUCAUAUCCAAUCUUACGGCAGCCCACAAUAUGUCCGCCGUAGGCAGUUUUCCCAUCGAUGCGAAAAUGUUGCAAUUCUCCACGGAUCAGAUCCAAUGCAUGUGCGAAGCCCUGCAGCAGAAGGGUGACAUCGAAAAACUGACCACCUUUCUAUGCAGCCUGCCGCCCAGCGAGUUCUUCAAGACCAACGAGAGUGUCCUUCGCGCCCGGGCCAUGGUGGCCUACAAUCUGGGCCAGUUCCACGAGCUGUACAACCUCCUGGAGACGCACUGUUUCUCAAUCAAAUACCACGUGGAUCUGCAGAAUCUUUGGUUCAAGGCCCACUACAAGGAGGCGGAGAAGGUGCGCGGUCGUCCCCUCGGAGCGGUGGACAAGUAUCGGCUGAGAAAAAAAUAUCCCCUGCCCAAGACCAUCUGGGAUGGGGAGGAGACGGUCUACUGCUUCAAGGAGAAGUCCCGGAAUGCCCUCAAGGACUGCUACCUCACCAACCGAUAUCCCACUCCCGACGAGAAGAAGACGCUGGCCAAGAAGACGGGUCUUACGUUGACACAGGUCUCCAACUGGUUCAAGAAUCGUCGCCAAAGAGAUCGUACGCCACAGCAGAGACCUGACAUUAUGUCAGUACUGCCCGUAGGCCAAUUGGACGGCAAUGGCUUCCCGCGCAUGUUCAAUGCCCCCAGCUAUUAUCCCGAAACGAUCUUCAACGGGCAAUAAACCGCGAUCCAUGCGAUGCUGGGUUUUCGUGUAAAUAAGGCGUGUUUAUGUUAGAAGUGGGGAAUAAUAUAUGGAAAAUUGGUCAUCAAAUGGCACAUAUUCGUUAGCUUUAGAAUAAACUAAUUUUGCUUUAUGUAUUGUACAAUAAUAAUAAUAAAAUAAAUAAAUGUAGUAGACAUAGUUCAAUAAAUUC